UUCCAGUCAUACGAUCUGUCAUCAUCGUUCGUACAAUGCGAAAAGGGAAGUUGAAAGAAGUGGGAGAGGGACGUCGCGGAGCCUUAUGAAAUCCAACGCUAUAGUAGCUGACUGGGUAUCCAACACACUGUGAGGAGCUUCAUUGAUUAACCCGGAGACACCAUCAACAACAACAAGCUCCUUCUUUUAGUAGGUAUUUUCUGCAGUUUUUCCACAGCCCACCAGUGAGCAGAGGAAGAGACCCGACAGUGUGACAUGGCAAACAGAGGAGCUACACGACCCAAUGGGCCGAACGCAGGCAACAAGAUCUGCCAGUUCAAACUCGUGCUUUUAGGAGAGUCGGCUGUGGGGAAGUCAAGUCUCGUACUUCGAUUCGUCAAGGGACAGUUUCAUGAAUUCCAAGAGAGCACAAUCGGAGCUGCCUUCCUGACUCAGACAGUAUGUUUGGACGACACAACAGUCAAGUUUGAAAUCUGGGACACAGCUGGUCAGGAGCGCUACCACAGUCUGGCUCCCAUGUACUACAGAGGUGCCCAGGCGGCUAUUGUGGUGUAUGAUAUAACAAAUGAGGAGUCAUUUGUGCGGGCGAAGAACUGGGUUAAAGAGCUUCAGAGACAAGCCAGUCCAAACAUUGUAAUAGCUCUGGCUGGGAACAAGGCUGAUCUCGCAAACAAGAGAGCACUGGACUUCCAGGAUGCACAGUCGUACGCAGAUGACAACAGCUUGCUUUUUAUGGAAACGUCCGCAAAGACCUCUAUGAACGUGAAUGAGAUCUUCAUGGCCAUUGCAAAGAAGCUUCCCAAGAACGAGCCUCAGGCAGCCGGAGCCGGCAGCGGGCGGAACCGGGGAGUGGACCUGACAGAGACAGCUCAGCCCAGCAGCCGCCCCUGCUGCAGUAACUAACCCAGCUCUUCCUGCACACACAUCCCCGCCCACCCCCCACCCCCACACACACACCCACCCCUCCUCUCCCUCCCCCAACUGAACAUCUGGACAUCGGGCUCCUUGGCUUCCUGACGUCAGACCUCACUCCCCUGGAAUAGCUAAAAGACUCUGUAUAGCUGCAUUUCUAAUACCUUUUUUUUUUUUUGUUGAUGUUCUUUUUGUUUCUUUUUUUUUUUUUUUAACUUUUUUUAAGAAGUGUAUAUCAGUAUAAUGGAUGCAUGUAUCACUACAACGCCUAAAAAACACAUUUUUAUCUCUUAUUCAGUCGGAAGACGAACCCCAUUUAGGAAAGAUGAGCGAGUGAAACACCGUGAACGAACGAGUGAUUGUGUUGUGUGUGAAUUUUCCAGGAGUGAUCUGCUGAUGAGAAGGUGUAGCCUCAUUUGUCACUUCACAGGGUUGACUCGACAUGAGCGACGCCGCCUGCCACACGCUUGGUCUGUGCGGGGUGUCGUCGUGCUCACAAUCAGAGGAAAACCAAAUUGUUCCCACCUUGAGACGCCUGAUUUUUCUGACUUGUCUGUUGUGCAAAACCAAGAAUCCCUCCUACAUCACAUCUGUUACACAAGAAGUCAUCUUCAUCCAAGGCUCCUGAUGAGACGUGUGGAAAAAGACGUCUGGUUUUUGAAAUAAAAGAUUUAUUGUUUUGGGAAUAGAAGAAAAAAAAAUCUGUACACACCCGGCCUCUCGUGUAAACGUCAGUAUCUCCGUGGGGUGGAAUACAUGGAGUAUUGGGAGCAGAGACAUCAGGAAACAACUUCAAAUGAGGCCGGUGUUACAGAAUUAAAAUAAAUGUUGGGUUACUUUUCUCCUUUUUUGAUUUUUCUAAGUCUUGUGUUAUUUUGGGAUCACAAAGUCUCUCACAGAAAACCUCCAGACGUGAUAUUUCGACAGAUCUGAUGGAUUCACAUGGAAAAUAAAAUAAACAGGAAACCUGAAGACUGCCGAACUUUCUGCUUGCAAAGACUUUUAACAUACGACGAGAUAUGUUAAACCUCGUCUUUGUCCAUCCGCUCUGUUUCUAUCCAGGCCAGUAGACAACCCGCAUCAAUUUGGGUGAACUCGAUCACAGUGGGGGGGGUCUUGUUUUUAGAGUUCAGACUGCACACGAACAGAAAUUCGGACUAGUUCCCAUCGUCACAAGUCUGUGGAAAAAAAAUAUACUCUAAUGUUGUUAUAGGGUGCAAUGUCGUCUUCUUCCUCCUUUAAUACAGCUUGCAGAGCUCACUUGGACAUAAUUUAGAGAUCAAACAAUUGUACAGUUUAAUAUAGGUCUGCUUUUUUUAUUUUAUUUUGAUUUCAUCCUAGACCUUGUCACAAACUGGUCAAAUGUUAAGCAGUGGUGGUCUUUUUUAGGUAUAUGUAGUGUUAUUAACAGAAUCCCUCUCUGGUGUCUUGUUACUUUUUCUCAGAAAUGGUCCAUGGUCAUGUUUGAAAGGAACUUUUAUUGCAUUGCACAGUGUUGAUCAUGUUUUAAUUAAUGACUGCCCUUCGAUUUUAUAUGACGGACUGUAUUGGACUCUGCUAACCUCCAGCUAUAAGCAGGUAGCAUCAUUAACCGUACUGGUGGUCUCUCUUACAGCUCAAUGAAUUUUAAUGAUGUAAAACAGCAUUACUAGUGAUGGGCUGAUCAGUUUUGAGUGUCUGAAUACAACUUAAUAAAUUCAAUAAAGAGGUCUCUUGUA